CCCGCAGCUCCAGGAGGGACAAAAUCCCGGGAUUGCCCUCCCAAAUCCCCGGGAGAUGGGGUCUGUCCCUCCCUGGGCACCCCAAAAUGUCACCUGGAGCUCCCCCAGAGCCAGUGGGGCGCCUUUGGCACCCCUCAGCUCCCGAUGGUGUUUAUUCCCGAGAAAUUCCCGCCGGGAAUGGCAGGGCUGGGAAUGGAGGGCAGGGGAAUUGGCCUGCGAGACUCAGACAAAGGGGUCUGGCUGCCAGAUGCUGGGAAUUCCGAGCGGGAACGAACCUCUGGAGCGCCCUGGAAAAGUCACCGAGAGGGGAAUGAGGAGUUAAGUCGGGAAAAAUUCCCUUCCCAAGAAUUCCGGCGGCCGCGGGGACCCCACAGCCCCUGGCUGAGAGAAGGCGGCGGGUUUUUUCCAUGACACAGUCUGCGAACCCGCUGGAAAUCCCGAAAAUUCCAUGAUUUAUGGGAAGGCUGGUUGGGAAAGAGCUGCGGUGGCUCUGUUCCUCCUCAGCUCAGCGGGAGGAACCCGGAACCUCCCGGCUCCCACUCCUCAUCCCAAACAGCGUUUCAUCCCAAACCCGGAAAAGAUUUUCCAGAGGGGGAAGGACGAGCUCGAGGGGGAGAGGGGCCAGGAUUUUGGGAAUCUCCCAAACCGCUUUUGCCAGCUGGAAUCGUUUCCCAUCCCGGCUGUUUGGCCGGGCUCAUUCCCGUCUCUGUCCCGGCAGGACGCGAGGAUGAGGCCUCUGCUGGGCGUCCUGGCGCUGGUGACACUCCUGUCCCCAGGCCUGGCCUGUCCCACGCCGUGCUCCUGCUCCACCAAGAAGAACGGGCGGUUGCUGGCCGAGUGCGCCUACCGCGAGCUGCGGGACGUCCCGCGGGGUCUGUCCCCGAAUGUCACCAUCCUCACGCUCUCCGCCAACCGCCUGGGCCGCCUGGGCCGCGCCUCGCUGGCCGAGGUGCCCGAGCUGCAGUCGCUGUGGCUGGGCUACAACCACAUCUCCUCGGUGGAGCCCGGAACCUUCGCGGCCCUGCCGCACCUCAAGAACCUGGACCUGAGCCACAACCGGCUGACGGAUUUCCCCUGGCAGGACCUGCGCAACCUCAGCGCGCUGCAGAUCCUCAAGCUCAGCAACAACCGGCUGGUCACCGUGCCCCAGGGCGCGCUGGCCGGGCUGCGGGAGCUGCGCUCGCUCUGGCUCAACGACAACGAGCUGGCCACGCUGGCCCGCGGCACCUUCGAGGGGCUGCCGGCGCUGGCGCAGCUGCAGCUCUUCCACAACCCCUUCAACUGCUCCUGCAAGCUCUUCUGGCUCAAGGAGUGGGCGCACGACACCUCGGUGGUGCUCUCCAGGGCUGGCUCCACGCUGUGUGCGGCACCAGCGCGGCUGCGGGGCCGGCCGGUCACCGACAUCCCCGGCGCGCUCUGCGUGCCGCCCUCGGCCCAGCUCACCUACCUGUCCGGCCCGGCCGCGGCCGGUCCCCGGGACGGGCUGACGCUGACCCUGCACUGCAGCGUGGCCGGCAGCCCCCCGCCGGAGAUCCGCUGGCAGAUCCGCACGGCCAAGCGCCGCGUGGACAUCCACGGGCCCACAGUGGCGCGGGACGGUGGCGCCAAGGCAGGCCGGCAGCGCUUCCUGGCCUUCAAGAACGGCACCAUGGCCAUCCCCGACUUCGGCAAGGAGGAUGAGGGCACCUACACCUGCGUGGCGGUCAACGACGUGGGGACAAGGGACGUGUCCGUCAACGUGGCACUGGCCGGCUCGGCCAACCCGGCCGAGGAGCUGCCCCGCGAUGACCCCCAGGCCGGGCACCACGGCGGGCACAACUGCGCCAAGGGCGAUGAGCUGGACCCAUCCGGCAUGGGCGAGAAGUUGGUCAUCGUCUACCGCGUGGCCGGCCAGGCCCGGAGCGGCGCGGGAGCCCAGGAAUUCCACCUGGGAAUUCUGCUGCUGGCUCUGGGACUGCUGCUCUGGUGAAGGGCGAGCAGCACCUCAGGAUUCCUGAUUUUCCGUAGUUUUUCCUCUCGUAGUGCCUUUGCUGAGCUUCUGACAUCCGGGAGCGCUCCGGAGCCCCACGUCGCCACCACAGGGGUGGGUGGUCCAGCCCUUGCCAUUCACGUUCCUGGGGGAACUCAGGGAACGUGGAGAGGAUCCAGCCCGCAUCCAGCCGGGAUCUGCAACCAAUUCCCGGCUGUCCCCACUUCCCGCUUUUCUCCCUGCCCAGAUCUGAGGUGACCACAGGAGGUGACAGUGGUGACAAUGUCACCCCAGAGCCACCAUGGCUGCCACUGGGGAGGGAUCCAAGGAUAAAAUCCCUGGAAAUUGGUCCUGGGGGACACAGAUGGGACAGAGGAUUGGGUUGGACCCACGGCCUUGGAUUGGGAAGAAAUUCACCGGUUUUAUCCCUGUAGGAGCAUUCCGAGCCCUUCCAAGGCCUUGGAAUUCUGCAGGAAUCCCCAAAACCCCUUGAUCCCCAUCUCAAAAACCCGUCUGGGCUGGACCCACCAGGCUUGAGCCAAAGAUUCCCAAAGUGUUCCCAGUGGGAAUGGGGGAAAGAUUGGGAACAACAGAGAAGCUGAGCUGCCUUGAAGCCAUAAACAUUCCCCGAGUGCUCCAGAAUUCCCGGCGGGACAAAUAUUCCUUCUCCAGGUGUCCCGGGAGGGAAACCCUCGGGGGAUUUUGGGAAUGUCCAUGGCCCUUGGACUUGGAAACAGCACCGGAAUUCCCAGUGGGAUCUGGGCACACCCUGCAGCCCCCUGGCCUUGUAACGCCCUGUAGGGACAGCAAUAAAUGCCUUUAAUUAAUGCCUUUAAUUAAGAAAUACCCAUCAUAAACACCUGUAAUAAAGAAACAAUUUUAAUAAAUACCUUGAAUUAAUAAUUACUU